UGUGUCUGCGAGCGCGGCCUCCCUGGAGGAACUGGCCCGUUGGCCCGAGGAAAUGUGCCGCCGGGAGUUGCAGUCCGUCUUGCCGCGGCUGCUGUCCAUGUUUGAACAUUCUGAUGAUUGGAGUGAGCAUAUACAGUAAUGAGGAACUUUUGGCCUAUAUAACAUAAUAUUUCCACAAAAUGUUGCUGUCUUGUUUCAUAGAAAUUCUGAAAAUUACUGUACAAAUGUUUUUACCUCAUAUGAACCACAUGACAUUGGAACAGACUCUGUUUUCACAAAUGCUACCAAAGACAGUAAAAUUAUUUGACAAUAUGAUGUAUGAGUUAACUAAUCAAGCUAGAGAAUUAUCAAGUCAAAAUUUAGAAAUCCAGGCCACUCUGAGGAAUAUUUUACAAACAAUGGUACAAGUCCUAGGAGCUCUUACAGGAUGUGUUCAGCAUGUCUGUGCCACACAGGAAUCCAUCCUUCUAGAACAUAUUCAUAGUCUCCCCUCCUCAGUCAUACAUGUAGUCAAAAGUACCUUUGUGCAUUGUAAGAAUAGUGAAUCUGUCUAUUCUGGAUGUUUACAUUUAGUCUCAGACCUUCUUCAGGCUCUUUUCAAGGAGGCCUAUACCCUUCAAAAGCAGCUAAUGGAACUGCUGGAUAUGGUUUGCAUGGACCCUUUAAUAGAUGAAAAAGAUGACAUUUUGAAUAUGGUAAUGGUUAUUCAUUCAUUGUUGGAUAUCUGUUCUGUUAUUUCCAGCAUGGACCAUGCAUUUCAUGCCAAUACUUGGAAAUUUAUAAUUAAGCAGACUCUCAAGCACCAGUCUGUUCUAAAGAAUCAGCUGAAACACAAAGAUAUAAUUACAAGCUUGUGUGAAGACAUUCUUCUCAGCUUCCAUUCUUGUUUGCAGUUGGCAGAGCAGAUGACACAGUUGAAUGCACAGGAUAGUGCUGACUACAGAUUAUUUCAGAAAACACUCAAAUUGUGUCGUUUCUUUGCCAAUUCCCUUUUGCAUUAUACUAAGGAAUUUCUCCCCUUUCUCGCUGAGUCUUGCUGUUCAUUGCACCAGCUUUAUCUACAGAUAUACAGCAAGUUUCCUCCAAGCCUAUAUGCUGCCAAGAUCUCAAAAGAACAGCAAGAGGAAAUAGCAGGUGCUUUCCUGGUGACUCUGGACCCACUCAUCAGUCAGCUUCUCUCUUUCCAGCCUUUUGUGCAAGGGGUUUUGGACAGUGAUCUAGCACUGCCAAAUGAACUGCAAUUCCCACAGUGUCUUCUACUACUUAUGGUCAUGGACAAGCUGCCCUCAAAGCCUGAAGAUGUUCAGGCACUGUGGUGCAAGGAAUGCCAGACCUCAGGAGGAACAAGCAGGGUAUCUCUACUCAAAGCCAUUUUCUGCAGUUUUGAGCAGUGUUCUGGUGAACUCUCUCUACCUGUGUAUUUACAGGGAAUAAAAAGUAAAGGACAGGCAGAAGUUGCUAUUACCUUGUAUCAGCAUGUUUGUGUUCAUCUCUGUACAUUUAUUGCUUCCUUUCAUUCUUCACUGUUUCCUGAAAUGGAUGCUGCCCUGUUGAAUGCUGUGCUUAGUGCAAAUAUGAUCACCUCUUUGUUAGCUAUGGAUGCCUGGUGCUUCCUUGCUCGAUAUGGGAGUGCCGAACUCUGUGCACAUCAUGUCACCAUGGUGGCUCAUUUGAUAAAAUCUUGCCCUGGCGAAUGUUACCAGCUAACCAACCUAUCUAUACUCUUAAGAAGACUCUUCUUCUUCAUGGCCACACCGCAGCAGGUGGAGUUUAUCCAGAAAUUCCCCCCCAAAGAAGCAGAGAAUUUGCCUCUGUGGCAGCAUAUUUCCUUGCAAGCAUUACCUGCUGAGCUCCGAGUACCAGCUGCACUGGAAAUCACCAGAGCAGGCACCAUGCAGUGCAGGAGGUGGCUGGGCAGCAGCCGCACUGUGGCAGACCUGGCAUGUCUGAAUACAGCACUCUCUGCUUUGUUGGCUGUGUAUAAUUCUGCCAGUGAAGCUAUGGAUAUUGGACAACAAACAGCAGUUAUGGAAGUUGGGAGUCAACUUUGGGCCUUUUUAAGUACCAAACUGUUAACAGGUCAGCCUUAUAUUCAGGAGACAAUCGGCCUUUUACUUCCGUUAAUGGGAUUUUUCAUUCAAAGCCUAGAUCCUCAGCUUAUAAGUCAGGUAGUAACUUUGCAAAACUCGCUACUUAAAUUGGAGCCUCUGGACUACAUUUGUUUGGCAGUGCUUGAUUUUGUAUCUUCUCUUGGGAAAUUUUUUAUAUCUGAAGCUAUCCAGAACAAAAUCCUACCCAACUUGUCUUCUAUUUUUGCUUCGCUACUAGCCCACAGAAACUGGCUUCUAGAGCAACAUACCUUGGAGGCAUUUACCCAAUUUGCUGAGGGAACAAACCAUGAUGAGAUAGUUCCACAAUGUCUCAGUUCUGAAGAAAUCAAGAAUAAAGUUGUGGCCUUUCUGGAGAAGACCGGGUUUAUCGAUGAAACAGAGCCUGCAAGAGUGGAACGAGUAAAACAGGAAAAAGGCAUUUUCUGGGAGACCAUUGCUAAGGUUGCUGAAGUAAAGUGGUCAUCUUUACAGCCUUUCGCAAAGAGAGCCCGGCUCGAGUGCUCCCUGGAGGAAGAGUAUAGAGCAACAUGCCAGGCUGCAGCUGAGGCCCUAGAGGACCUAGAGCUCUUACUACACAAGUCUCCUGCUCCGGACUGGCUCCUCCCAAGACUGGAGGGGCUCCAAGGAAGGAUGGAGGGGCUGAGAUGCAGGCUACUCCAGAGCAAACAUGCACCUUCUCCCUAGACAAAACUGGGGGGGAGGGGGCUUGCCAUCCCAUAGUCUGUCUUGUAAAUAAAAACACUGAUGUAA